GACAUUAAAAAAGAAAUUGAUAAAAGCCAAGAUAUUGAAUUAGGGGCAAAUGAGAAUUUUGAAAAUAUAAUUAAAAGUCUGGUUGAUCUAUAUGGGAUUGAAAAACUGAAAGAUAAAAUUGUAGAACCAAUUAAAGAACAAAAAUUAGCUCAUGGGUUGGAGCAAACUGCCAAGAAUUUACAAGAAUCGGUUCAAAAAAAAACUUCUGGGUGGCCACUUGCAGGAGUUUGGAAUUUUUUUAACAAAGGUUCUUCUAUAAAAGGCUAUUGUUUAGGAACAUGUAAAGAAUGUGGAUCAUUUUGGGCACAUGCUAAAUCUGUGGAUUUAGAAGAGCAUUUAGCUCUAGAUUGUCCUACUCAAAAUAAGGAUGUUAUAGAUUUUUAUACUCAAAUUAUUGCUAAUCAACAAAGUCAUAGCCAAGCAGCAUCUCAGAAAAAUAUACUUGGUGCUGAACCAAAUAAAAAAAAACAUAAACUAACAAGUAAUCAAGCAACAUUAUCUGAGUUUUUAGAAAGCACUAAACUAACUCCACAACGUGAAU